AGUUGAUUUUACACCAUUGGUUAGGAAAGAGUUAAGCUUUUAGAGCAAUACAGAAAAAAAAGAAUAUGAAGUCUUUGUUAUUAUUAUCGACAUUUUUAACGUGUGCCGUCGUUAUUUAUGCCCUGCCGGUCAACUAUAACGCCCAAGGAUCAUCAAUUUCACAGCCUAAACCAGGUGCUCCACUAGAUGAGGUCAUUGUCGAAUCCUCUUUGCACAUUAAGAACAAGAAAAGUCAAGCCCGACGAACAAGGGAUACACAAGAAGUUAGUAUCGAUAACAAUGAGAAUGGUCUCCGAGUGAAACGACAACACCGACAAAGACGUCCACAACACAAUGAUUCAUCACAAUCCAGUGCCAAUGCUGCAGCCAAUGGCAAUUACUUUGGACCAGAUGGAUUCGGAGCAUCGGCAGCCAAUGCACAGGCUCAAGGAUUUUACAGUGGUGGCAAAUCAGCAGGAUUCGGAGCAAACUCAGCCAACACACAAACACAAAGCUUUAAUAUCGGUCCAAAUGGACUUCAAGCUACAGCUGGGGCUUCACUAAGUCAAGUCUAUCAUUUGCCCAAUGGUAAAACAAUAAAUGUGGCUUUGUCGAGUACUCUUGCUAAUGGUGAAAAUUCAAAUGCCGAUGCAAAUGCAAAUGCUGUGUCUGUAAAUUAAGAUUCAAAUAUGUGAUCAAAAUGUAAAUAAAUUAAUAAAUACUAAAAAAAAAACUUGAAUACAUUUCAUCAGA